AACAGGAGAACCGUGAUGAGCAAAGUGGGAAGCGCCAAAAAGGAGAAAGCACCGAUUUCGCCAUUCGGACGUUUCGUCGGACGUUCACGUUUUCUGCGCUCACACGUGCUCGUUCCCGUUCAGCACGUGUACAAACAGAAUUGUAAACUUUACACGUUUACAAACAGAAGCUGUUUACUGAAACCUGGAACUUUCUGCUUCCACAAACAGCGUCAUUCCUCCAGGAAAAAAGAUUCGACUCAGAGCUGGACAGGAGAACCGAUUCGGUGUCUCAUGAUGAAAAGCAGACCCAGUUUUAUUCUGCCAUUCCUUCAAUCAUGGAUCUGUCUUCUUCUGGCAGAAUCGCCUUCAAACUGCUUCAUUAGAGAUGAUAAAGCCUACUGUGCCCUGAGGAACCUGUACGAGGUGCCGGUUUUGCCUCCUAACAUAACUUAUUUGGAUUUGACCUUAAAUUACAUUAGUGAAAUCCAUGAGAAAUCCUUCUAUGGCUUGGAAAAGCUACAGAUUCUUGUGAUCCAGCAACAGGAGGUAACGCUCGUCUUGAGGAAUAACGCCUUUAGUGGACUGUCCAAUCUGAUAAAACUAGAUCUGGCUUACAACACAAACCUACGAGUGGAUCCAGGAGCAUUCAACGGAUUAUUCAACCUUCAGAUACUCAAUCUUACAGAGUGCAAGUUAUAUGACUCUAUUCUUUCAGGAGAUUACCUGAGACCUCUGGUGUCUCUGGAGCAGCUUUCGCUACCUGGAAAUAAUAUACGUAAAAUCCGUCCUGCUCCUUUCUUCGUCAACAUGAACAAAUUACAUAUUGUAGAUGUCUCCCAUAACUGGAUUAACAGUUUCUGUGAAGAAGAUUUAGUCCAUUUUCAGGGUAAACACUUCACACUCCUGAAAUUGCGUGAUAUCAAAAUGUCUGAUAUGAAUCCAUAUUGGGGUUCGUGGAAUAAAUGUGGAAACCCGUUCAAGAACAUGUCUAUGACGGUGCUUGAUUUGUCCCUGAACGGCUUCAGCGUCAACAUGGCGGUGCUGUUCUUCAGAGCGAUCCGAGGAACCAAAAUUCACAUUCUGAUCCUUGAACAAAGUGGCAGCAUGGGAAAGGGAGUUUGGUACAACAAUUUUAAAGACCCGGACCGAGACACAUUUAUGGACCUGUCUGAGAGUGACAUUAAGGCUCUGGAUCUGUCCAAAGCUAGCAUUUUUGCGCUUAAGUAUUCCGUAUUCGGUUAUAUGCCCGAUAUGGUGGAAAUCUCAAUAGCUCGUAAUUUAGUCAACCAAAUUGAAAGAGAUGCCUUUUAUGGGAUGGGCAAUUUAAGAAUGCUCAAUCUGUCUCACAACCUGUUGGAUAAAAUAGAUUCUGAAACAUUUAAAAAUUUACCGAGUCUCGAAACACUGGAUUUGUCUAAUAAUAACAUACGGAUGUUUAUGCCUGAGUCGUUUCAGGGACUUCCCAACCUAGCUAACUUGUUUCUCUCUGAAAAUUCCUUACAGACCCUGCACACGCUGGCAAACCUUCCAUCACUUAACGUACUUUACUUAGACAAUAACAAAAUUCAGUCCCUGUAUGGUCUUCCGAGCCAAGCGAGAAACACAAAAACCAUUAAUUUGCAGUACAACAGAUUAAAUAACGUUGAGAGUUUCUAUAUCAUAUUAGUAGAAUUCCCUAGUAUCGAAGUAAUAUAUCUCGGAGGGAACACGUUUUCAUGGUGUCACCUUAACACCAACUAUUCCGUAUCACCUUUAAACACUGUACAGAUUCUUGACCUCCACAUGACCGGCUUGCACAAUCUUUGGUUCCAGGGAAAGUGUCUUGACAUGUUCGACCACCUUCACAAGUUGCAGAUACUUUUUCUUUACAAUAAUCACAUGCAGUCACUUCCAGAAAACAUCUUUAAGGGACUCACCUCUUUGAGUUUUUUAGAUUUAUCCUUCAACUCUCUAACCUAUAUACCUAAAGGUAUAUUUCCUGAAAGUCUGAGGACACUCAACCUUGCUGUCAAUAAUCUGGGUUCUGUUGACCCGCAGGCCUUGAGCACCCUGACCCUCAUCAGCUUGCUUGGGAACAGCUUUCUGUGCGAUUGUGGUCUGAGAGACUUCCAGACAUGGUUAAAUGAGACAGAUGUGCAAAUGUUUUCCCCUGCCGAGGAUCUGAUGUGUGAGUUUCCUGAAACGCACCGAGGGAAGCCUCUUCUGCAGGUUAAACUCUGUGAGGACGUAGAGGACGAGAAGAGCAUCGAGGAGCUGAGGCUCACGCUGUUCAUCUGCUGCACCGUAUUUAUUAUGUUAGCCACCACGGGGCUUAUUACUUUUGUCCGGCUGCGUGGUUACUGCUUCAAGCUUUACAGAAAAGUGAUCGUUAGAUUCGUGGACGGAAGCCCGAAAACGGCUGCUAACGAUGACUUCAUGUACGACGUCUACCUAUGUUUCAGUUAUAAAGACAUGAAAUGGGUGACUGAGGCACUGCUGGAAAAGCUAGACUCGCACUUCUCUGAUCAAAAUGAAUUACGUUGCUGCUUUGAAGCACGAGACUUCCUACCAGGAGAAGAUCAUCUCUCUAACAUACAUAAUGCAAUCUGGAAGAGUAAGAAAACGUUAUGCAUCUUGUCCAGGGAGUUCUUUAAGGAUGGCUGGUGCUUGGAGGCCUUUAAUCUGGCUCAGACCAAAAUGCUCGAGGAGGUCCAGGAUGUCUUACUGGUUCUUCUUGUGGACAACAUACCACAAUAUAGAUUGAUGAAGUACGAACCGGUCAGAACCUACUUCCAAACCAGGAGGUAUCUCAGCUGGCCAGAAGAUUACCAGGACUUGGAGUGGUUUUACAGCCAUCUUAAACAUAGUAUAUUAAAAGACAACAAAAUCAAGCGAAAAGCGAAAAAAGAUGUCGAAGGUGAAACAAACCACAGAGUAACAAAAGGUGAUGCUGUGACUGCGCUUUGAUUCGUGGAUAUAUAUAAACUCAUGUGAUGCCAGAGACCCUUUCCAAAGCACAGACUCUGGAGACUCCUUCCAGUAACUUUAAUUAAAAAUGUCUUAAUAAAAAUUUGGACAUUUUUUCAAUUUCAAAUGUAGGUGAUCAGCCAAGAAUUAUUUUUGGCAGCGGCGGCGUAGUCAAGCUCCGGUUUGUGAAUGGAGGGUGGAGUCCUGGUGAAAAAGCUGUAAGCUUCACACACCUAUUAGUACAAUGUGUUUGCUCUUCCAUCAGCGAGCGCCGGAGGAGAUUUAGAGGCAGAAACUGAAAGCAGCACGAGGGAAAUCUCAUUCUGCUUCCUCAUUUCCCCAACAUACCCACAUAGGCAGUGGGUGUAAGGUCACACUAACCUUUGUGUGCUGUUCACUACUUAUCAAAGCUCUGUCCUUCUGCACAGCUUCCAGGUAUCGAUAGUAAGAAAUAAUUAGGGUUUGGCAUAAUUGUCGGACACCCUGGUUAAGGGUCCUCCAAGAGACCUAAAACAAUCAGAAAAUCCUCCACUAAUAUUCAGUAGUAUUCAAGUCAUUAGCUAGGUCAUGCAAACAAGUUAAUUUUCAUCAUUAGAGUUAUUUGGGGUAAAUCUUAUUUUUUCUUAUCUCGUAUAUUUAUAAAGUGUUGUCUUGCCCAUUUUCUCACCAGAUUCUAAGCCUCCAUUCAUAAUUCCUUCGAUGACAUUUACUAUAAUGCCUGAGAAUCGUUUGCAUUCCCAUAUUCUGAUGCUGCCAGCUCCAUACUUCUCUGUGGGAACAUCUUCUCCAAACAUGACCAUGUGAAGAUUGGUGAAGAUAUCUGUGUGAAAAAAAGCAAAAAUGCAGAAAGUCUGUGGAAUACACUUUAUACAUUCAUUCUGAACUACCUCGGGUCACGGCGAUCUCAGGCGUC